AAGCUCCAAACUAGACAUGGCGGCGGAUCCUCAGCCGGACUGGCUCUCCUGCCUUCCCUCUUCUUGGAGUUAUGGGGUGACUCGGGAUGGACGCAUAUUCUUCAUUAACGAAGAAGCAAAGAGUACAACCUGGUUGCAUCCAGUCACAGGAGAAGCUGUCAUCACGGGGCACAGAAAAACCCCAGAUUUACCAACAGGAUGGGAGGAAGGAUAUACGUUUGAGGGAGCUCGCUGCUUCAUCAACCACAAUGAGCGAAAGGUGACCUGCAAGCACCCGGUGUCUGGGUUCCCCUCACAGGACAACUGCAUCUUUGUGGUUAAUGAACAUGUGAAUUGUGGAAAGUUUGUCCACCCUGAGAAACCUGUAGAGGCUGUCACCAGAUCGGCUCCCAAGUCUUCGUCGGAGCAGGGAAGCAGCAGUGACAAGAAGGAGCGUCCUAUGAGUACCAUGAGCGAAGCGUCAAACUACACAGGUGGCUCCGAUUACAGCACCUUCACUGGCAGCCCAGCCACCACAGUCACUACUGCCAUUACCACUUCCACCUCAUCUACACGGCCUUCUAGAUCUUCCAGAAAAGUCCACAACUUUGGCAAGAGGUCCAAUUCAAUCAAGAGGAACCCCAAUGCCCCAGUGGUGAGGAGCAGCUGGCUUUACAAACAGGACAGUACAGGCAUGAAGCUGUGGAAGAAGAGGUGGUUCGUUCUGUCUGACAUGUGCCUCUUCUACUACCGUGAUGAGAAAGAGGACAGCAUCCUGGGAAGCAUCCUGCUGCCCAGUUUUCACAUAUCGAUGUUGUCGGUGGAUGACCACAUCAGCAGGAAAUAUGCCUUUAAGAGCCAGGCCAACAUCAGCGCCCAGAAGCCUGCACAGGUCGGCGGCUCGGGGUGUGGAGCAGGGGAGCAGCAAAGCGGCUGCAGCCCCACGGAGGUGGACGGCAGCAGGGUUCCCGUGAAGUCUCCGGUCCAGGAGCCAGAAAAGGGUUUGUCCAGGACCAGCUCCAUCCAGCAGCUGGAGCACUGGGUCCAUCCGCAGAGGAGAGGCCUGGACGAUACCCCAAAGAGCAAUGAGCUAAUCUGCCAGAAAUGCAUUGCAGUGGUUCUCCUCUGUUGCUCUGUGCAGCCGGAGGAGCUGACGCUGCUGCUGAUCAAGCUUCGCCGGCAGCAGGCGGAGCUCAACAGCCUGCGGGAACACACGGUAGCUCAGCUAAUGGCCGUUGGUAUGGAAGGGCACAACGCAAAGACUGAUGUUCUCUUCCAUCAUCUCCAGAGGAACCUUAUUUACCUGGAAAGUCAGACGAAGGAGAAUGAGCCUCUAAUCUUCAUGAUUCACACUAUGAUUGAGAACUCUGCACCAAGGCCACAACUCUACCAGCAAACGGGUUCAGAGGACUACAAAGACAGCGCCUUCGUCCAGCGCCCAGAGGAGGCCGACAUAGAUACCAAGCUGAGCAGACUGUGUGAGCAGGACAAAGCGGUGAGGAUGCAGGAGGAGAAGCUGCAGCAGCUGCACAGAGAGAAGCACACUCUGGAGACGGCGCUGCUGUCUGCCAGUCAGGAGCUGAGUGAACAGAGCGACUCCAGUGCAGCAGCAACACAGAGCCUGGUCCAGCAGAGAGACGUGCUGCAAAAUGGGCUGCUCAGCACCUGCAGGGAGCUGUCCCGAGUCAGCACUGUGAGCAUGCUCUCACACAUCACCCGACACGUAGCGACGUUUAUGCAUGAAAAGCAGCCACAGUUUUAUGGAAUAGGACUUGCUGCUGAAUAUUUACUGCGUGUCUCACAGUGGACACCUAAAUCAGCUUUUCCUGGCGUUACUGUGAUACAUGCUGGUAAGGUUAUUGAUUAGCUUUUACUCUGCAUUUAAUUUCCUUGAUAAACACCAGACAAACCCAAAUAUACAUUUCUUUACAAUAAUACUUCUGCAUUUAGAGCAACGCCAGCCGAAGCCUUUGUUUCCACAGCGCUGUGGCUUCCACUGAGUUUAUGUUUGUUGUCUUUUCACGAACAAGUUCAGUCUUUGCU